UCUACGCAGUAGCAUAACACCACGCGUCCUUUGUCUGACAUUAACAAGCCGCGUGUCCGUCACCAAUAACAGAAAUCUGAACUGUUGAUUCACCUUUCUUUGAGUGAACGACACGCGUCAAGUUGUCGUGUCAUAUAAAUUACAGACCACCGUGAUUAGUGCAUUGUUGCAAAAAUGAGCACGAGCAAGAAACUCAAAACGACAUCGAAUCAGUCACCUGACUCGUCCGAGUCAGGAAUACUCAACGAGCGAAUACUCGUUUUAGUCUUCGAGUUCAUAAAAUGGGACCUCCACACACUCUGCUCUAUAGCUUCCGUCAACGGAAAACUCAGAGCGGUGGCCAAACGCUUGCUAUGGAGAGAGCUCUGCGUGUAUCGCGCGCCGCGCAUGUUAGCCUCAUUAACAAACGGUGCGCCGAAUACUCCACUAUGCGACAGCUGGAAGGCACUCGCAAAGCUCAUGUUCUACUGCUGCGGCUGCGAGUCAACUCGGAAUUUCAAAGUGAGUCGACCUGCAGCUGGUCAUUUCGUGAAAACCUCCCGGUUUUCUAAAACGUCCGGUCAAAGCUUUCUGAGUACGAAAUGUAGAGGCGAUUUGCUGUACGUGAGCGAUCCGUGUGAGCAUCCAGCUGGAAAAAAUGAGGAUGAUAUUGGAAUAUACAGAGGGGUAUUUAAGGGAUUUAUGAAAUCAAGAACCAGAGCUUGUUUGAUCAGACGGCAGGUGGAGUUGGAGAAGAAGAUGAGGUGUCCUUACUGUGGAUUUCGUGUUUGGAGUAUGACAUCGGCUCAGCUUAUUCCUAAAACUGCGGCUAGACGGCUUGGCUCGCGCGAAGAUGGGGUGGAGUAUUUCGUGUGUUUAAAUGGACAUCUGUACGGGACUUGCUGGCUUGUGCCGUUAUCGUCGGAUGAAGGAGGUGCAGAUUUUGACGUUGAUGAUGACUCUGGUGAUGAUCACGAUACAGAUCGAUGAUCAUGAUUAUGAUGACGAUUAUAAUCUAACGGCUGGAGAUGGGAGUUUGAGCUCCCUCGCUUCUAACAGAUUGUGCUGGUUGUGAAGCUGACUUGGAUUUUGGUCUUGGCUUAAUUAUUUAAAAAUCACCCACCUUGUAAUUUUUUUUCAUUUAUACCAUGACCUAGGAAAAUUUUCAAUUGUACCCUAUUUUUAAUUUUUAUGUUUCAUCUCUACCCUAAUGAGUUGAAUUGACAUAUUUUCUUUUAAAAAUAAGUUUAAAUUAGUCCUUCAUUUUUAACCUAUAUUCUAAUAAAACGUUAAUGUUAAUCAUUUAUGUA